GCGUUCCCGUUGUUUUGGUCGUGAAACGCGUAAAGGUAAUCGUUGCAUCGCUGGGCCAGACAGGUUCCGUGGUUUUCUUCACUCGUUCGGUUCGGUCUUGUAUUUUGUGCCGUUUUGCGACGCGGUUGUCUUGUUCGGUGCCUGCUUAGUAGUGCGAUUUCGGAUAUUAUCUGCUUCGGGAUCGGGAUAGCGAUCCGUGCCUAGUGCUGUGUGUGAUAAACGGGAGAAUCAAAGUGAAAAAAAGUGUAAAUUGCCAUUGUCUGUAGUGGAAGAAAUUUUCCUGCAUGCGUAUUAUGCGCUUCUCGUGUUUUUGUUAACUGGAAUCGUAAAGUCGUUUGUCGCUGAACGUUUUUGGAUUCGUGAUUUUGGGUUAUAAAAUUUCUUGCUCGAAAGAAAAACACUCAGUAUCGUCUCGACUAGAUCGACAUGUCCAAGUUGUGAAUGUGAUUAAAAGGCGUAGGUGAAAGGUUUUUGAUCGGUUCACCUUCCGGAGAAAACGAUGAUUCAUGUGGUUACAAGAAAUUAUAUUAUUAGAUUCCUAAAGUUUCACUAGGUGUUUUUUUUUGGUUUAAAACAACAGCAGAACAAAUCAAUUCUGGACUGUGGAAUCCAAUCAACGUAAUGCCUGCUUAUUCGAUUGAUUUUUUAAUGUGCUGCUCUCUGACCUCGAAAUAAAGUACGAUAGAAGCAACGAAAGAAGAAAAAGUCGGAAGAAACAUCCAAAAGAGCUUCCUUGUCCGAGUUUCGUAUGCCGUAGUGUGAUUAAAAGCCUUCCUGAAAGUUGGCCAACUAGUCGUAGUACAUCAUUACAUUUGAGGCCAAUACCGGUUAUGCUUGUGGAACCAAGGAAAAUAACAGUCCGGCAGUAAUAUUUGUAUGCUAGACUUUUUUGACAGAAGAAUAGUCUGCAUUGAACGUAAUCUCGGCUUGUUUUUCUUACUACCGUUGCCGCUACCACUGAGAUUAGUGCCAACGAAACAAAAAAAAAACGGAAAACUGGCCACAGGCCACCAGCCUGGUCAUUAAUGUGAGAAAAUGUCACCGGCAAGACUGUCGCUGCGGGAGGAAGACAUUGUUCGGUUGUCAUUGGAAUUUCUGAACAAUCGCGAGCUGCACAUCUCCCAGCUAUCGCUGGAACGCGAAACCGGUGUCAUAAAUGGUCAAUACUCCGACGAUGUGCUCUUUCUUCGCCAGCUCAUCCUUGACGGUCAGUGGGAUGAUGUGGUGGAAUUUAUUCAGCCGCUGGAAGCUCUGCAGAACUUCGAUAUGAAACAAUUCAAGUACACGAUUCUCCGGCACAAAUAUAUCGAGCUGCUGUGCAUAAAAUCGGAGGCGGGCGGAUUGACGGGACCACCUCUGAUGAACAAUGUGGAAGGAGCAGUGGAGGAGGUGGUCCAGGUACUUGGAGAGCUGGAAAAGCUCAGCCCCACGAAAGAAGAAUACUCAGCUCUGUGUUUGCUGUUGACACUGCCCAAGCUCGGCGAUCACAUGCAGUUCCGCGAUUGGAAUCCGAGCAAAGCACGGGUGCAAUGUUUUAAGGAAAUUUUUCCGCUGGUGGAAAAAUUUCUACCCGGCGACAAAAAGUCCGGCUCGGCGCAGUCAGUUUUCGCGAAAAACGAUCGCCUUGUGCAGUUAGUUAUUAAGGGCAUUUUGUAUGAAUCUUGCGUCAACUACUGUCAGGUGAAGGCAACGGGAACGGCGGACGCUGCUUUGCAGAAAAUCAAUUUUUCGCGAGUGCUAGACGGUUCGAUAGGUUUCACCGAUUCCGACUUGUCCUUGCUCAGCUGGCUGCAGAGCAUCCCUGCCGAAACGUUUUCGGUCCCGUUCGAACAGAAGACCCUGAACGUAGACGUGGAAAGACUGGAAAAACCCUCUCUGGAGACCUCAUGGACUGAACACAUGCUCAUCACCCCAAUCAAACCGAAGACGUUCCCCCACUCUGUGAUGCCAUUCACGCGGCCCCGUAGUGCAGCGGACAUCAUGACGCGCUCGUUGCUACCUUCCCUGGAUGCCGUUUCCACCUGCCUGAAUCCUAAGGCAUCCACCGAGUCAUUUCCCAUGUCCCGUUCAAGUUUCGCUAGUUUUCACUUGACCGGAAUCAAACCGACGAGCGGUAAGCUGAUGACUUCCAGCGUGGACCGGCUGUUCGAGAACGGUGACGGCAGCGAUGUCUAUCGUAGCAGCAACUUCAAUGAAUAUCAGCAGGGACUGCCGUCAAUAGAAGAAAUCGCUUCCGUGCAAUCAAAAUCGCCCGAACUGCAGGCCGUUGCUGGUGCAGUGGUGAAAACCAGCGACAUUCACCAGAACAGUGCCGAGCGGGACAGUCCUAACACGACUAACUCGACCGCGAAAAGUUCACGGCGGGACUCGCUGACCGAUAAGAUCAUCACCACCAAUCAACCAGUGCCAACGGGUUUACCGCACCACAGUCAACAACCGCCACCCUUGCCGUCGGUAGGACCACCGCAGCUGUCUCCCGUAUCAGGGUCUAACUUUGGAGGCUCGGCCAACAUCAGUAACCACCAUCAAGGACCACCACCAGUGCAUCCUCAGGUAGCGCCCCCACCACCUCCGACGGCCGUGAUAUAUGAUCAACCUAGAAAUAACGAAAGCCUUGCGAACGGUGGCGGUGGAGAGUUGUACGAAAAAUUCAAACAACAAAAACAAAACAAGGAGAGCGAUUAUAUUAUGAACGGAAAUCCAACAAUCAUACCUUCGCAGCAGUCAUCCAACCACAACCAGCAGAACGGCGGUGGAACAACAUCCGACAGUAAUGGUCAAACUCGGCCAACACAUCUUCAAGAUGAUAGCGGUGCUCGAGAGUACGAGCCGACGGACCAGAACCGACCGAAGUUUGUUGCCGUUACAUCGCUAGAGGAUGUUCAGGCUGUCCGAUGUGCCGAGUUUCACCCGAACGGACGUAUUUAUGCUGUCGGAUCCAAUUCGAAAACCUUCCGAAUCUGCGAAUAUCCAUCACUGUCUGAAAUCAGCAAAAGAUGUGAAAGUGGUGCUAGUUGGGAAGACCACACCACCUACCAGCCGACGGUGCUGUUCAAGCGUACGAAGCACCACAAAGGUUCGAUUUAUUGUAUGGCGUGGUCUCCGAUGGGCGAUCUGAUAGCGACCGGUUCCAAUGACAAAACCGUCAAGCUGAUGCGUUUCAACGAGACGCAGAAACAACUCGAAGGCCAGGAAAUCGAGCUGACGAUGCACGACGGCACGGUGCGGGAUUUGUGCUUCCUGGAGGACAGCUCGAACAAGUCCAGUCUGCUGAUCAGUGGUGGUGCCGGCGACUGUAAAAUUUAUGUUACCGACUGCGAAACUUCAACCCCGUUCCAGGCUCUCAGCGGCCACGGUGGACAUGUACUUUCGCUGUAUAACUGGGGCAGUGUGAUGUUCGUUUCCGGAUCGCAGGAUAAAACUGUUCGCUUCUGGGAUCUUCGAACGCGAGGCUGCGUCAAUAUGGUUACCCCUGCUACAUCACCCGGUUCACGGCAAGGCUCGCCCGUGGCUGCGGUGUGCGUCGAUCCCUCCGGUCGAUUGCUGGUGUCGGGUCACGAGGACAGUUCGUGUGUGUUGUACGAUAUUCGAGGAAAUCGACCAAUUCAGUGUUUCAAACCGCACGCAUCAGACGUCAGAUCGAUCCGCUUCUCACCGUCGGCGUACUACCUUUUGACGGCCGGUUACGACAACAAACUGGUGCUGACUGAUUUGCAGGGCGAUCUGACCAUGCCGCUGCCCUCGGUGGUGGUCGCCCAGCACUCGGACAAGGUGAUAUCGGGCCGCUGGCAUCCGAUAGAUUUCUCAUUCCUUUCGACAUCGGCCGACAAGACGGCCACGCUCUGGGCUUUGCCACCGAUAUAAGGUGUAUUUAAUUAGGCCAAAAUCGUGCUGCUUUUUUCUCUGCUAAUGGCUUUGCCUUAGUUAGUGUGCGCUACAGACGUCAAUGUACUUUUGUCUUUGGGUUCACUAGGUGGCAAGCUGUGCGUGAUAACAUACUGUAGGGGCAGGAAGGGGAAAAAAAUCCGGAAAAAAAAGAUUGUAAAUUGUUGAUCGUUGAUCGAUUUGCAUAUGUGUGAAUAAUAUAAUUAUAUUAUAAACAUUGAACAUAAAAAACAAGUACUACUUAAUAUUUAAGCAGCAAAAAUCAUACUGGCAAAAUUGUAAAAUCAUCUACACAUGCAAAUGAAUCGAAUGUUCUCAUGAAUAUGCGGACGAUGAAUCAAAUAUGAAAUCUAGUAAAUUAUAUGUUUAACAACAUUUGCUUUCAGAAAUUACAUCUGUUUCAUUGAGGUUGCAACAGUAACAACAAGUCAUUAAAAUCGACUACUCCAAAUAUAGCUAUCGGUCUUUCGAGCGGUUCCGCUGAAAUUGAUUAUGUUGGAUGUGCAUAAUGUGGGUUAGUUUGGCCGAUAAGCCGAUUAUACUCAGUCCGUGGAAUUCAACGAGGACUUUAACGGUAAUCUUCUGUAUUGGAAAUGUAUCUGUUUUAGACAAAAGAAUUCAAACUCAAACAGGUGUGCCGCUUUUGACUGAAACUUCAGGUUAGAAACCAAUUGCUUUGAAUAAUUUUGGAAAGAGGAACGAAACAAAAGACCAAAUCACAGAAGAUCGACCCCCAUUUAAAUAGUAUUAAGUAACAUUAACCCAAAACACCAGUCUGGUAAUUUAGCUUUAUGCAGUGUACUCAGGUUACAAACGAACCCGAAUCUCAGAUUAUCGAUCAUGGAUCCAGUUCUGUAACGGGUUUCAGCUAAAUAGUUUUACUACACUCAAUCUCAACCUUAACCGAUAAAUUUUGGUAUUUAAAAUUAAAAUAUAGAUAUAACAAGUUUUCGAUCAAAUAUUAUAAUAAAUAAGUUCGCAUCCUCUAAAAAACUCAGACAAAUUAAGGCAGAAAGAUUUUGACCUAUCGUAAAUUCAGUAGCUUGGUUUAUCUUUCUUUUGUUUAUAUUCAGUUUGAAACCUCUUGGGUCAGUUGAUGCAAUUGUUCAAUUCAAAAAUUAAACAACUACGAGAUUGUAACUUAUUAUUAUUAUUAUGCUGUUUAUUUAGACCCGGCUUUAACCUAAUUAUGAGAGUGUAACUACGAGAUGAUUUGAACUGAUCAACAUGAAAUCUAAUUACUUUUGUAAUCCGUCGAUGUUGAGGACUUUAUCGGAAUAUAAUGGACUUUUUCUAACAUUAUAUUUUUUUCUAAUAGGCAUUUAGGUUACCUUAACUUGACAAUCUGGUAACUACAUUCAUGUUGAAGCUUCUCACGUGCCUCUCUAAUAAUAAGUAUUCAAUUUUCCGCUGAAAUAUAAUCCACAAAGUAUAUUUGUGUUCGAAGAACCAUAUACAACCAUGAAAAUCAGAUAUUCUUUUGCUUGCUAAGUAAGCUUCGAAGCGCUUUCUUCAUGAGAUCCGGAGUCCAGAUAUUGCUUCUUCCGACUGUCACAUGUUUCGAUCGAUGGUUCGUGAUUUGACCGAGUUCAACAUCAUACGAAAAAAACGAAACUCUGCUGACCCGUUGCAAAAUGAUGCCAAACAGCAAUGCUAUUGAAUUUUGAAAAAUUUUAAGUGAAAAAUAAAUCCCAAAAAAUUUUUUGAAGUUGGGGGUGCAAGGAGAUUUAUUUUAUGGCACAAAGAUUUCAUAGUCUUCGUAAGGUUUCAAACAGGUUAAAAACGGAGGUAAAUGUACACUAGUAAUUGAUUUUAAAGAUUUUAUUUUCAACAAAAAUCUUGUUCGAAGUUUGCGAAGUUGAACAUGAAAAUCAUACAAAUAUGGUUUGAAAUUGUUGGUAUUUCAUUUUUACAUACAGAUUAAAUGACCUGUUUUAUCCACCUAGUGGUGUAACGAUGCCUUUCUCGUUAUCGUCACUUUGAAGAAUUGAUGAAGCUCCAUAUUGAAUUGUUCGAUCGCUACGCUCAGUGUUUGCAGAAUUACUAUGGUCACGAGCUGACAAAACAUUUGUAUUGGAAAUGUUUUGAAGAUUUUCUAUUUGCAUCGUCAAUUCAAAUGACAGUUUGCUAUUUUUAUCGCUCAUCAUCCUGUGAUACCGAAAUCGGAAGUCAAAUUUUAAAGUCGCAUUCGGAACCGAAAGAUUAUUCGUUUGAAUUCAAGUUCAUAAAAAUUCGGUUAUGCCAAAUUCAAGAUAUCAAAGUUAGAUCCAUUUGGAUUUUUGACCAAUAUUUCUGGCACUUCCGGAUACAAAACCCGGGGAACAGUAUAGUCGAAAGGAGUUUUUUGGUUAGUUAGUAGUAGUAGUAGUAGAUUCUAAACAAAUUUCAGGAUUUUUUUAUAGGAUUGUAGAACCUUUCAUUUGAAUCAGAAGUGGAAAUAAGCAAAUUUAUUGAUUCACAGUAAAUAAAAAUAGUCAGUAUUAUCUUUUCAUAUCACAUGUUUAUGUAGAUAUUAUAAUGAAUUUUGAAACGAAUGAUUUUUGAUAAGAUAAAUUUUGGUUUUAUUAAGAAUUUACAAAGGUCUUCAAUUUCAUUUCCCACAAUUUAAGACAUAACCGCUAUUUUAGUUUUGCUAUCCAUUUUUUUAUUCACGGUGUUCGGUUUUUCGAUUCACAAUUGGGAAUCUUGAUUCACAUUUUCAUGCGCAAAAUGGGCUUAUUUCCACCUCUGAUUUGAAUCUAGAUUUGUGAGAAUCAGUUUGGCCAAACCUGAUAAUAUUGAUUACACAUUAUUUCAUUUAUUUUGCUCAUAACACCUUGUAUCUUCGGAACCGGCAGUCGGAUUCGGAUACAAAUAGAAAAUUUUGUAUAGUGGAUCUGCACACUCGAGGAAUUUAUCAAUCGAUUAUAAAGAUUUCUUUUAACAUAACUUCCUAUGAAAAAUAAUUGAAUUUGAGCAUUGCACACUACUCGCCCUGUACAUCCGGAACUGGUAGUCGGAUCCGCUGAAAAAGCAGGAAUUUUAUAUGGAACCAUAAGGCCUGUCAUUUGAACAUGGAUUUUGCCACAUCCGAGAAAAGUGCGACUAAGUAGGGGAGACUGAGGCUAGGCCGGAUACGGUUUUAAACCAAACAGCUUAAGCAUCUUGUAAACUAACAAUUAUUUUGAUCCACGAAUUGACUUUGUAAACGCGUUUUCAUGUGACAGACAGGGGUCGGUUAGCUAGUCAAUUCCGUUUGGCGUCAAUCGUUUUCGUGUCAAAACGUGUACGUUUUUCACUGAGUUUUUCUUUUGUGAUUUCCCGUGCUUUUUCGGGUAUAUUUGAUUUCUGUACAUUGCAAUGACGGUCUGGUUAGUGUUUUUGAAAGUUCAUUUCGUGCUGAAUCCAGUGAUUAUUGAGUACUUUUGAUAACGUGGAAAAUAAAAUUAUUAUUGCGUCUCGAAAAUUGGACUCAACCGGACAAAUAAUGAGUGGCUCAACCGGACACAUAAUUUUUAAUCUGAAAUUCUUAACGGAUUCUUGAAAAAUACCUAAAUACUGAUAUCUAUAUUUUCACUAUACUUCUUAUCAUUUAUUGAAACUAGAUUUACUAUACAUUAAAAAAAAACGUUCGCUAUAUGUAGCGAAACUAUCAACUAGUCCUCAAUGAAGACUAAAGUCAGUUUCAACAUCAAUUAUUUGGUACUGCAAGGCGUAAUGUUUCGAGGCAAUAUAUAGAUUUCCAGUGAGCAGGAUUAUGUCUCACGCAAAGUUGAAACCAACAGACAAUCCAUUCGAACACGAUUUCAAUUGUUUUACGCUCAUUAUUAUACGAAUUAUCUUAAAAUUUGCCGCUCUACUGUAUUCGUUCAGCUUUUCUAGUCCGGUUUAGCCCCAUAAGGAGUCCAGUUUAGAUCCGCGGUUGCUAAAUCUUGAAUUUUGGGUUGGUCACUUCAUGAUGGCUUGGUACAAAAACUAAUGCAAGUUUUUCUAAGCCACAAAUUGUAGAAUUGUAGCAGAGUUGCAGCUACACAACUGUGUAGUUAAAUUGGGUCAGAACUUUGGUCUAAUGGGUAUUUUUUCUAUUUCCAAAAGUGUUCGAUUCAACCCUGCAGUUUCUGAAAUUUUACAUUUUGGAUUGGUCACUUCAUCACGACUUUUUACGAAAACUAAAGCAUAUUUUUUUCAAACCACACAUUGGGAAUUCUAGCUGAAGGUAAAAACCUAGUAGUAAUGAAUGUUUUGACGACGACACGACCUGCCACUCGUCUAUUGAAACUGUAUCGCAAAUUUAAGUACCCCUCAGUAACUGGUAAUGUCAGAACGAAAUCACCUGAAAAAUUAUUUAAACUGGCAACACAAGUUGAUAAAUUAUUGAUUUUAAAUAACAAUUAACGAAACCUUGGUUACCGCUUAUUGAAGACUUGAGGAAUGUAAACAAAACUAACUGCCUCAAGUGGAAAAUCCUUAUUUCGCCUCAAGUUGCAAGUUCUGCAGCAACAUUAGACGUCAGGGCAGUGGAUCGAUUAUUUCAGCUGGGGCUCGAACAUAUGAAAAAUUUCUUGUAAGACCAGCGCAAUCAGGUUGCUGUAUGUGAGCAAGAUCUUUUGUAUGCAGUACCUCUGUUCGGAAACAUUUUAUCAGUCCAAUUAUCGAAAUUAAGUAUCGAAAUAUAAACGAUGAAACUGAGUCGAUCCGGUAUAUUCGUACUAUUCUAAUUCGAGUAGUAAAUCAAAGAUACUUAAAUAUUUGAGCUUUAUUUUUUAAUCCAUUCCAGAAUCGAACUUCGUAUACUGGUACGAAUACACAUAUAAACCGAAUUCAUAUUUGCUCUUUUUAACGACUUUUAAAAGUAAAACUAUUUCAAUUGUUCCACAAAUCUUUGCAAAUUUGCACAUCUGAUUUUUUUCCAAAUCGUUCAACCCUCGUUGCUGAUCAUAUUUCAGACAUUCGAGAAACUCCUCUACUUCUGCUCUGUUAUUUGGAUACCUUCGCAAAACAUGUGUAAAAUUUGAUGAACAUGAAAGACACUUGGAAAGUGCGGGAAUCAAGCUUUUUAGGAUCUGAUCAAAAUUAUAGGUUCCUAAGUGCACAUUGUAAACCACCCAUAGAAACAAGUUUGCUUCAAAUAAUUUUGAUAAUUUAUUCUCAAGCUGAAAAUAGUCAGUAACUACGAUUUCCCGUAAGGCGUCUGGAACCUGUUGAAGUAGUCAAAUGUCAUUUCGGAUACAUUCAAACAAUAAAUUUCUUCGUUUGUUCCGUGCAUACUGGCAAGAAAUUCCUAGUUUGAUGACAAUACAUUAAGUUAUAGUGAUGUUUCGGAAACUCGAUUGGAUAUUCCUGAAAAGAAUGAUCAGCAUCAUGAAUGAACACUACACUACACUUCCUCAAGCACUACAUUACAGGAAGAGCUACUGGAUAGCAAUGAUGAUGAUAUAAGAUGACGCAUGUCUGUCAUGUCAAAUUUGGAUAUUGGGCACCCAGUUCCAGUCCCAGUUCGGUUGGUGCAUAUCCAAAAAGUUAAACUUGUAGGUUGUGAGAGUUUCUGAAUCUGUCACCAGUCACGUUGAACGUCCCCAGAGAGACGAGUCCCCGGCCGAUGGCUUGCGGCACCUUGUACAGCUACGUACAUUCUCGAUUUCUUUAGAAUAAUCUUUCGUUUUUAUUAAUUUGGCACUGAUGGCACACAAUUUAAAAUAAUAUAACUGUUUCAAAACUUUUUCAAGAGGUUUGUUUAUUUAUUAUAGGGCUCCUUGGUAACAAGUUCGUAGUAAUUUAAACAGUGUUGCUGAAGAAAAUUAUUUUUAUUAUUACCAAGGGGUCGCUAUAUUUUUGGUAACUGGCGGUAAAUCGCUCACGAACAAUUUUUAUUCAGAUUUUCCUUCGGAGUGCCUGGUCGUGUCGUCGGUUUUGAUCAAUUUCCUAAAAUGUUCGUCUUAGCCCCGGGCUCCCCUACGUAUUUCUGUCACAUACGCAGUAAAAGACGUUUUUCUAUCUUGACGCUCUGAGUCAAAUGGUGUAUGACACUCGGUUCUCCCGGCUUCAUUUCAAAAGUAGGAUUCCACAGUGAUCCCAAAAUCUAAAUUUUAACAUACAUGGAAAAUAAAAACUACCUAUUAUUUGAGUUCUUUUUACUUAAUUUUGAGUUCUUUUGAAUCUUUUCUUCCGUUCGCUUCUUCCAUUGUUGUCAAAAUACAAAGAGCAAAACCACCCAACAGCGAGAGUUUCGUUCAAUAAGCCAAAAUUAAGUAAACCCUACCAACUUGAAAUUAAGUCGAUACGACUCAACUGUAGAGUUAUAUAACUUACCAUUGAGUAGAUAUAACUAAUCUUUAAGUAUUUUUUCCACGUGUCUUACGGAAACUAGCUAGAGCCACUUUACCAAAAAAUAGGUUAUUGAACGGAACCCCUGAAUUAGGUGGAAUGUGCUUAAAAUUAGAUUGUUUUGCGGUUCCGUGUAGCAUUUGAAACGCGACGCAAAGCGAAGCGAUGCGAAACUUGACAGAACGCACAAAUCGACAUCGAAGCAAAUGUACGGUUCUCAGUCGCGCGACUCCGUGCUUCGCAUCGAUCGUAUUCUCUCUGACAGCAGCCUUACACUUCGCAAUAUUUAUCUGAAGAAUGCGCAUAUAUUUUUCAAUUUGUCCCUUUAACCAAGAAAUUCAAGCGAUGACUUGGAAAUUUUAUGCCAAUCAACAUAUGUCGCUUUUGGCUUUAUUUUCUGAACAGAAUUAAUGGAAAUUUUCUAUGCAUAAAAUAACUACAGAAUUUAAUAAGUUAAUGGAAAUUUUAUUCGUUAUAGUCUAAAGAUAGCGUUGAUCAAUAACGCAAAUCUAAUAUUUUGUAAAAUAUAAAUUGAUCAAAACCUAGAAUCAAAUUCACAUUCCCAUCUCACUUUCGGGUAGAAUGACUAGUUUUUCAAUAAAUAUAAAUAUGGAAGUACACCGAAGUCUUUUUUAUCUGGCUUUAUUAUGCAAAUUUUUUUGGUUUCAAUUAUAGAGGUUUUAACCUUAAGGUCAUUUUGAUGCAAUCGAAAUGCUAUGUACGCUGAAUCGGCUUAAUACCACCUAAUUCUAUUCUAAUUGUGUAUUCGUUUUCAUUCUAAAAUAUUUAUUUAAUUUUAUUUCUUAAAUAGUGUGCCCGAUACAAAAAAUCGAUUAUAUAAUGCCGCCAAUAAAUAUUGAGAUAAAUCUUUCGUCGAUCUAACGAACCUAUACCUCUUGGUUCAGUUGAAUAAAAUUAUCAAUUGACGGUUAGAAAAAAUAACAGGUUUCUAAACAAUAUGACAUUUCGAUUAUCAUCGAUAGUUUCGAUGAAAAGCUCUCGUAUAGCCGAUACAAUCGUUACCCUACGUUACAAACAUCAUCGUAUUACAAACCACACACGUUGCACAUCCAACAAUUCAAACAGAACCUCUCGAGAGAUGACACAAAUUAUUAACCCAACAACCUGCGGUACUCCUCGAAUACACCGCAGCUCGAUCUGACAGAGUGGAACCCAAUCUUCAUAUCCUCAUACGUCACACCGCAUGUAAUUCGGAUAAACAACAUCUCCAUAGUCGAAUAUCAAUUACAACUACCGAGUAGGCACCUGAAGGGUUUAUGAUAUCUGUUUCGGUAAAUACUGGCGGUGCAUCAACGGCUUUCCAUUGAAAACAACACCACUGUCAUUCUCACAUAACAACCCGCUAGUUUUAAAUCCAGGAAUUCCAAAUGCAACAUUGUGACCAAUUUUGCUCCGGUUAUCAUUAAAGAUGCUACCAUGAUAGAAGUUGUUUGCAUGAAGAUACAUCAACCUGCAGUUGGUUAAUCAAAGAGAAAAACAGUAUGACAACUAAUCGUUAGACCCGCACGCGCUGCACAUUACUUUAGGUUGUUGAUUUUGUUAAUAUGACAUUAAUGGUUAGAAUUAUAAUGAUAAGCGUAACUUAAAACAAACUCACUAGUAAUAACUAACGUAACGUGGCAAUUUUUGUAUCAUAUACCUUGUUUAAUCAAUUAUUUGGAGGCAGCGACUGCCUGCAAGUGCAGUAAUCGGCGAAACGCUACCACUUCUGACAAGUUAUGAUUGUAAUAAAUAAAAACCAGUAAAAUAUUAACAAUGAGAAAACAAA